CAUAUCUUUCUCUGUUGCAAGUGCGCACAGUUUGUUCUGCCAGUGUCGAGUUACUGCCUGGGGAAACUUCCGCAAACUCGGGCUGUAGUAAAACCUUUGCAUCAACAUAAGCUCCUCCUGCGAGUCUGUCCCGACAGCCCGUGAUCACCGGGGCAGCCAGCCGGACCCUGCUCGGUCUCCACCGGUUCGGGUGAGAGGUGCUGCCCGCUGGCUGGGGAAACGAUUGCGCACUGCUUGGACCUUGCUGGUGCGUUGGUCCCAGACAUGAAGCCAACGAGCCGCGUUCUCCAGAAGUGCAUUGGGAUUCUCUGGUGUUGCUGCGCUUUCACUGCACAUGUAAGGAAAACCACAGCAAUUGAAUUCAGGGUGUGCUCACCAUUUCGACAAAGCAAAGAAUUGCUGCAAUGAAUGCCAAGCAGGCUUCCAUCUCUCAGCUCCAUGUACCACGGAGAAACCUGUUGAAUGCAGACCUUGCGGAGAAGGCGAGUACCUGGACCACAAUAAUUCUCAGACAGAAUGCUUGAAACAGGUCGAGUGUGAUGAAAUGAAGGGCUUUGAAGUUCUCCAUAAAGGAGAUUCAGUGACUGCUACACAAUGCACGUGCAAGGCAAAUUACCACUGCUCACAGGACUGUGAAUACUGUCUCAGGGAUAAUCCCUGUUUCCCAGGGUUUGAAGUCAAAGAAAAAGCAAACAGGAAAUCUGAUACCAAAUGCAGACCAUGUCCUCCAAUGCAUUUUUCAAAUGAGACUUCAUUUACAGUGAAGUGUAAGCAAAGGACCAAUUGCACAGUCCUUGGACUAAUGGAGAAAGUACCAGGCAACGCUACAGCUGAUGCUGUAUGCAUCGCAGUUGGUGCAUCAACAUCACUCAGUUCAGAUGACACAGUGUUGACUAUUGUUGUGGGCUUUGCAUGUGGAUGUACAAUACUGCUAGUGUUUAUCUGUGCCAUAAUAUUCCACAGAAAGACGCUGGCAGCUCUAACAGAUGCUAUUCAACAAAGAUUUACUCAUGCCUGGUGUAGUAUUAAUGGGAGAAGGAGAAAUGAGGGAAAUCCUCCUGUUGGUCCAGUGACUAAAACUGAUAACCACAACCGGGAUCCAGAGAGCGAGUUAUUUCUGCAGCACAGUAAUCUGGUGGAGGCAAGAGAUCAAAGCAAUGGUUCCAUAUUCUGUACGUUUGCAGAAAGUCCAGAUUGUAGUCCUCUAUGGAAUCCUUACAGCAGAGUUGAGACCCUGUGGACUGCCAAGCAUUCCCCAAAUAUCCCAAAGGAAAAUCCAGACGCUGCGUACUACAUCAAGAGUAAAAGGGGAGGUUCCAGCACAAUUGUUUUGGCAGAUGCAAAUAGUGGAAUUUCACUAAAUCCUCUGACAUCUGUGGGAUAUGAAAUGCAAGAGACAAUUCACAGUGAUCCAUCCACACAAGGCAGAAACAGUGUCUACACCUUAAGAAACUGCCAAAAACAAACUCUAGCCUCAGGCAGUACAACUGUAUUGUCCUCGACUCAGUCAGGCAUGCAUUGUGCUCCAAAACAUGAUUGUCAUGUGUGUUGUCAAAAUAACUCUUCCAGCUCUGCUCAGGAGGCUGAGAAUAUCAAUGAUUCCAGCAGCCAUGGUUCUGACCACACAAAUCCGGGUGAUGAAAAUGGACUUAAGUCAGGAAAUUCAGUGCCAUCUGGGUUUUCACGUGGCAGUAACAUGAUGUAUAACACAAGUGGCCAGUCAGUAUCGAAUGCCGGUGGUUCAGUCAUUUUCAACGUAAUUGUCAAAGUGAAUAACAGCACAGAUGAGGGCAACAAGGGGGGUGUAAAUGGCAGAGCAAAAUUUGCCACAGAAGAUGAAGACGAGAGAAAAAAUUUUAGAGGAAGUGACGGAUUCCCCAUCAAAGAGGAGAAACCAGUCAGUAUGUGUGGUUUUGAGGUGGACGUGGGAUUGCCUGUACAAGAACAGUCUAAAGAAGCUGUGCCUUUCCCUGUGCAAGAAGAGCAAACUGGUCUUAAUGACCAUCGGGUCAACUUUCCCAUUCAAGAGCAAAGAAACAGCAGGCAAAGCUUGAAAGAAAGUUUGAUCCUUGCUGGUAGAAUAAUAGACCAGGACUGUUGCUAUCAUCCCCGAGUAAGUGCUUUUCCUAUGCAAGAAGAUGGAAAAUCUGAACAUUUGCCAAAAGAGGAAGAAAAUCAAUGAGCAGAACUCAAGCUCAAAAUGUUUCAUUGCAGUCCUGAACAACCUACCUUAAAAAUUGUAUUAGACUGUACACUAAUGAAAGAUGCUAAGGCUUAUUGUUUAUAGAUACUCAAGGCAAAGGAAAUCGUUUUGUUUAUAUAUUUUUUAAUGUUUCCUAUAUGUUUUUUUUAACUCUUUGCCAUCUUUACUGCCAGACUGGAAUUAUUUUAUUGUCCAGUGUUGUGACAGUGCAAGGAAAAAGAUUUUUAUUCACAACACAGGACAAUAAUAACAGUAGU